UUGAAAGGACACUGUAGUCAAAAAGAGUUCUCCUUCUCACCCUCUUUCUCCUUCUUGGUUAGAUUAGAUAAUUAGGGAUUUGAAACCAGCAUCCCUAAAAUGGAGAUUACGGAGCGGAGGGACGAUGAGAUCAGAGACGCAAAAGAAUCCGCAAACAUUGACACCAUCAAGUCGCAGUAUGUCACCGACUCUUUUUCCGAUGAACGCUACUCUCGCGAGCUCAAGGAUGGUCUUCAUCCUCUACGGUACAAGUUUGCGAUUUGGUACACACGUCGAACACCUGGGGUCAGGAGCCAGACUUCUUACGAGGAUAACAUUAAGAAGAUUGUUGAAUUCAGCACUGUUGAAGGGUUUUGGGCCAGUUACUGUCACCUUGCUCGUUCUUCUCUCUUGCCUAACCCAACAGACCUUCAUUUCUUCAAGGAUGGGAUUCGCCCCUUGUGGGAGGAUGGUGCCAACUGCAAUGGAGGAAAGUGGAUCAUACGUUUCUCCAAAGUUGUCUCUGCUCGCUUCUGGGAGGAUCUGCUUCUUGCGUUGGUAGGCGACCAGCUUGAUGAUGCUGAAAACAUUUGUGGGGCAGUGCUGAGUGUCCGCAUCAAUGAGGACAUCAUUAGUGUAUGGAAUCGCAAUGCUUCUGAUCAUCAGGCAGUGAUGGGGUUGAGAGACUCAAUCAAGCGCCACUUGAAGCUGCCUCAUGCUUAUGUGAUGGAGUACAAGCCUCACGAUGCUUCUCUUCGCGAUAACUCAUCCUACAGAAACACAUGGAGAGGAUAGGCUCAAAGUGGACUAUUGUAUCACUUGAGGUGUUAAAAGAUUCGGAAGCUCUCCUGCAACCUAGGAUGAUAUAUGGAUUGAACCUUGUUUCUGGUAGCGUACUGUAUCAAUGGCUUACAAUCUCAGCAAUGAAAAAUCCUGGCUACUUCUGCAACAGUAGUUUAUUAAGUCGUUUUAUGGUUUCUAAAUCUUCUUGCUACCUUCAAUGGUUUGUGUCUUGUUUAAAACUCUAUUGUUUCAUUUUUCAAAAGAAAACUUGAGCUCA